AUGGCUGCUGCUAGUGUUAUGUUUUACAUCUUCUUCUCCUCCUUAGCUUUGGUUGUUUUCACUUUACUUGUCAAGUCCCUUAGCAAACGAACCACAAAUUGCAGCACCAAACUUCGAUCCCCACCAAGCCCACCAUCACUACCCAUCAUUGGCCACCUUCAUCUUAUAGGCUCAGUCAUACCAAAAUCAUUCCAAACUCUAGCUCGCUCCUAUGGCGCCCCUCUCAUGCAACUCCAGCUAGGUGCCUCAACAUGCAUAGUUGUUUCCAAUGCCCAAGUUGCAAAAGAAGUCAUGAAAAACCAUGACCUCAAUUUCUGCAACCGACCCUUAUUUGGAUCCUCCGAACACUUCCUAUAUAAAGGGUCUUAUUUCAUCGUUGCCCCAUAUGGCCCUUAUUGGCGGUUCGUGAAGAAGCUAUGUGUGACUCAAUUACUCUCAAGCUCGCAACUUGGCCGCUUCAUUCACAUCCGAGAGCAAGAGAGAAAGAAGCUUUUGAAAUCUCUGUUCUUGUGUUCCACUGAAGCCAGAGCCUUGGAUUUGUGUUUCGAGCUCACUUGUUUGACCAACAAUAUCCUAUGUAGGAUGGCUAUGAGCACUACUUGCUUGGACAAAGCUAAUGAUGCUGAACAGAUUCAUGUCUUGGUUCGGGAUUUUUUGCACGUUGGAGCUAAAUUGAGCAUGGGUGAGGUAUUUGGAGUUUUGGGAAAGUUUGACUUAUUUGGGUAUGGGAAAAAGCUUUCCAAAAUAGUAGGAAAAUUCGACCAGAUUCUGGAGAGAAUCAUGAAGGAUCAUGAAGAGAAAGAAGGAACAGGGGACAUGAUGGAUAUUAUGUUACAAGUUUAUAGAGAUCCACAUGCUGAAGUGAGGUUAACAAGGAAUGAUAUCAAGGCUUUCUUCCUAGAUAUUUUCCUUGCGGGAACAGACACUUCUUCAGUGGCAUCACAAUGGACCAUGGCAGAGAUCAUGAACAAUCCACGAGUGUUAAAGAAGCUAAGGACAGAGAUUGAUGCAGUGGUGGGGACUAGCAGGUUGGUGAGUGAAUCAGAUGUUCCAAAUUUACCUUACCUCCAAGCUAUUGUGAAGGAAGUGUUAAGACUCCAUCCACCAGCACCCUUUGCUCUUAGACAAUCUAUAGAAGACUGCAGAGUCAACGGCUAUGAUGUAAAGGGCCAGACCAGGACACUAAUUAAUGUCUAUGCCAUCAUGAGGGACCCAGAAGCAUGGGUCAACCCAGAGGAGUUUAUACCGGAGAGGUUCUUGGAAGGGAUCAACGGUGGAGCUGAACAUGAGAUUAAAAUGAACGGUGAUGAUUUUAGGUAUAUUCCAUUUGGGUUUGGCAGGAGGGGAUGUCCUGGGGCUUCCCUUGCUUUAACGGCGAUACAUGUGACAAUUGCAGCGUUGUUCCAAUGUUUUGAAUGGAAAAUCAAAGGGGGAGAUAAGGUUAAUAUCGAAGAAGGAUCAUCAUUUUCUACAGGAUUAGCAAAGCCUCUAGUUUGUUACCCUAUCACUCGUUUUAAUCCUUUUUAA